AGAGCCGCCGGGAGGCGGGGAGGACCCGCGGGGCCACCAGGCGCCGCCACAACAGCAUGGCCGCGGCGCUGGGAACGGGGCGGGGCCGCCACUUCCGGUACGUCACGGUGCGCGCCGGAAGCGGAGAACGGAGCGGGCAGCGGCGGCGGAGCGAGAUGCCGGUGACCGUGGGCCCGUACGGGCAGUCGCAGCCCAGCUGCUUCGACAGAGUGAAGAUGGGCUUCAUGAUGGGCUUUGCGGUGGGGAUGGCGGCCGGAGCGCUGUUCGGCACCUUCUCCUGCCUCCGGAUCGGCAUGAGAGGACGAGAGCUGAUGGGUGGAGUUGGCAAAACCAUGAUGCAGAGCGGAGGGACGUUUGGGACGUUCAUGGCUAUUGGGAUGGGAAUCCGCUGCUAACCUGGAGCCCGGGUUGGGGCCAGAGCGCCCCGGCCAGCCAUUGCUCCUCUGUACCAUAAUAAAAUCUUUCGGUAUCUGGAAGUGAGAGCUCGUCAUGAAAUGGGGAAGCACCAUCCUCCUCGCUCUGCUGAUUGUAAACGCGCUUUUUACCCAAUUUCUACUUUCCUCCCAUCUCUUACUCCUAUGACAAUGAGAAUUAAUAAUCCUUUGUACCACAUUAAAGUUCCUAUUUCACAGACUAAA